UUCCUGUCAACACACACACACACGCUCUCUCAAGUAUACAGGAACAAACGAUUGAAAUGCGGACAUCUGCCAUACAAAAGUAAAGAAGUAUCCAUGGAUCUCAGCGAGGAGGAGUCAACCCCUCUGGUGAUCAGAGACCGGGGAGGCAGCCAGAGGUCCAGUUCUAGCACUGGUUCCAGUUUACAAGUACAUCUCUAUCUGUUCCCAGCCACAAAGGAGGCAACAACAAUACACAUUUCAUCUGGCCAAAUAUCUGCUGAAAAUAUUUGCAUCCAAGUAGCCAAAAAAUGUGGAAUCUUACCAGUGCACCAGAGUCUAUUUGGUUUGGCAUCUGCCGAUUUCUCAUUUUGGUAUCCUCCAUCACACAUGUUCAACACAGAAGAAAACUUACAAGUGCACUUUAGAGUCAGGUUUUUCUUUGGAAACUUUGGACAAGGGCCAAGAACAGCGUACCGCUACAGUCUGACCCGAGACAGAAUCAGUCCAGUGCUCGACUACAGUGUUAUUGAUUAUCUCUUUGCUCAGUUGCGAAGUGACUUCAUUGCUAGUGAAGCAGGAGUGUCUCCACCUUUGAGUGCCCAAGAGGAAUGCCUCAACCUGGCAGUGUUGGACUUGUGGAGAAUGGCAAAAGAGCGCCAUCAGAGUGUAAAAGAGCUCUUUAAGACUGUCAGCUACAAAUCAUGCCUUCCCAAGUCACAUCGUCACGACAUCCAGAAACGAAACCGCCUGGAUCGUUAUCGAAUCCGAAGCAACAUGAAGGUUUUACUAAAGAAGCUUGGCAACUGCUCAGUAGAUGAGUGCAGCUUGAAGCUCAUGUACCUGAUUGAGCUGGCUGGCAUUGAACCUUCUCUGGGAAGUGAAAUCUUUAAAGUGAAUGGUUCUCCCUCCCAUUCAAAUCCAACUUUCUCUCUUGUGCGGGUCACUGGAGAAACUGGAAUUCAAACCAGUGCAAGUCAUCAAUCUGAUGAUGCCCAGUGGCAGACUUUCUGUGAUUUCAAAGAUAUCAUCGACAUCAGUAUAAAAAGGGCAUGCCAUGAGCAGGAUGACGGCAGGAUGGUGACAAUAACCCGCAAAGAUGAAAGAUGCUUGGAAGCCAAGUUCCAGAGUCUCAAGGAAGCACUUUCAUUUGUUUCACUUGUUGACGGCUACUUCAGACUGACCACGGACUCUAGCCACUUUUUUUGUCAAGACAUCGCACCUCCAAGUAUUCUGGAUGGGAUCAAAAACCAUUGUCAUGGCCCAAUCACAUCAGAGUUUGCAGUCAACAAGCUGAAAAAGUCAGGAUUUAAAGGUGGUACGUUCCUUUUGCGACAGAGUCCCGAGAACUAUGACAACUUCUUCCUCACUGUUUGUGUUCAGACUCCACUUGGACUCGAUUAUAAAGACUGCCUCAUCAUUAAGAAUGAGAACUACAGGCUUCCUGGUGUCCAGAACACAUUUUCAAGUUUGAGAGAGCUCACCAGCUAUUACCAACACAACAUGCUGUUACUGGCUGAAGUACCUGUCAAGUUGACCAGCUGCUGUCCACCGCGACCCCAAGAGCUCACAAAUCUGAUCAUCAUACGCAACAGCAGCUCUGUGGAAGCUCAAGGGUCCCCAACAACUGAAAGAAAUAAAUUCAGUCAUAUCCAGUUCCACAUGAUCAAAUAUGAAGACCUAAAAUGGGAUGAAAGCCUUGGACAGGGAUCUUUUACUCGAAUCUUCAAAGGCUACAAAACUGACAUUCGUGAUGGGGAGAAACACGUGACGAAAGUUUUCCUGAAAGAGCUGGAGGCCAUUCACAAAAACUGCUGGGAGUCGUUCUUUGAAGCUGCCAGUUUGAUGAGUCAGAUUUCACACAAACACCUCCUCCAUGUAUACGGUGUCAGUGUUCAUGGAGCAAAAAACAUCAUGGUCCAGGAGUUUGUCGAGUACGGGGCCCUUGACCUUUACUUGAAGAGAGGGAGAUCUGUGUCAGUGAGCUGGAAACUUGACAUAGCCAAACAGCUUGCAUCUGUGCUAAACUUUCUGGAGGAAAAGAACAUCGUGCAUGGAAAUAUCUGUGCAAAAAAUCUGCUGCUGGCCAGGGAAGGUGACCCGUCACAGGGAAGCUCCCCUUUCAUCAAGCUUAGUGACCCGGGGAUCAGUGUGGUCAUGCUGGGCAAUGAUGUAAUCCUGGACAGGAUCCCCUGGGUGGCCCCUGAGGUGCUGAAAGCCCCUGACAACCUGACUCUGGAGUGUGAUAAGUGGAGCUUUGGUGCCACCGUGUGGGAAAUCUUCAACAGUGGAAACAAUCCAUUGUUAGGCUGGGACCUGGACCAGAAGCGGCAGUUUUAUGAGAGCUUCCAGCAGCUGCCUUCCUCCCAGUGGACAGAGCUAGCCGAUCUGAUCAGUCAGUGUAUGGACUAUCAGCCAGCCUUCAGACCGUCCUGUCGCAGUAUUAUCCGUCAACUCAACAGUCUGAUCACUUCAGACUAUGUGAUACUACACGCCACUGAGCCUGUCACGCAGAGCCCUGUGUGGAGAGCCCUCAGUCCUGCUCAACAAGACCAGACAUUGUUUGAGGAGAGACACCUCCGUUAUAUCUCCCUUCUGGGAAAAGGAAACUUUGGCAGCGUUGAACUUUGCCGCUAUGACCCGCUGGGUGAUAACACAGGUGAGCUGGUCGCUGUGAAGAAACUGCAGCCCAACAAGCAAUCAACAAUGGAGGACUUCAAGAAGGAGGUCAACACCCUCAGUGUUUUUCACUGUGACUACAUAGUCAAAUACAGAGGAGUCUGCUACAGCAUGGGACGCCUCAGUAUGAGUCUGGUGAUGGAGUACCUGCCCUAUGGCAGCCUUAUUGGCUACUUGGACAGUAACCGACAUAACGUCAACACCAGGCGGAUGCUGCUUUUUGCGUCUCAGAUCUGUAAGGGCAUGGAGUACUUGCAGACCCUACGUUAUGUACACAGAGACCUUGCAGCCAGAAAUAUCCUUGUGGCCAGUGAUUCGCUGGUGAAAAUAGCUGACUUUGGGCUGACCAAGAUUAUUCCUUUUGACAAGGAAUACUACAGAGUGACGCAGCCUGGAGAAAGCCCCAUUUUCUGGUACGCUCCAGAGUCCAUCAGUGAGUCCAGAUUCUCCCAUAAAUCAGAUGUCUGGAGCUUUGGAGUUGUUCUUCACGAGCUCUUCUCCUAUUGUGACAUGAACUGUAACCCAAAAAGACUGUGUAUGCAGGAGAUUGGACACAAUGUGCAGAUUCCAUCCAUUUCAAUGCAUCUGGCAAAUAUUCUGAAGAACAACUGGAGGUUGCCGGCUCCUCCAAAUUGCCCACCCAAGGUGUACAGUUUGAUGAACGAGUGUUGGGCGUAUGAUUUCGAGGAGCGGCCGUGUUUCUCCAGCCUGGGAAACCAAAUUGAGACUAUCAUGCAGGACGAGAGGGAGAACCCUAAAGGCUGACAAGGAGCCUCACAUCUGCACUCAUGCUUGAGAGAAACAGUAUGACAUAAUACAAUUUCUUUUACUGUCCUAGUUAAACUUCACUUUAUAAAGAUAUCACACAACAACCAAUGAUGUAAGCAUUCAUAGAGUGAUUGAUCGAAUUUCUGUAUUGUUGGGCACUCCCCAAGCACUAAAGUAGGGCUCGCCAAAUGUCCUUUGGGUAACACUUUAUAAUGAGUACACACUAUUAAGCAUUAGUUAAGCAUUAAUAUAUACUGAAUUCAUCAUUUAUAACACAUGAAUACUCAUUAGUACGUAGUUUAUAAACACGGUUACAAAUGUUUUACUCAUCACUGAUAAGCACAGUAGUUAUGGAUUAGUAAAUACUGAAUUCAUCAUUUAUAAAGCAUGUUUCUGACCUAAAUACUCAUUAGUAUAUGGUUUAUAAUUACAGUUAUAAAUGUUUUACUCUUCUGUACUAAUGGUUCGUAAGUGUGUUAGUAGAUGUUUUACAAAAACUUAUGAAUUCCAUUUCCAAUGGAUGACCUAUAAACAGUUAUUAAUGCAGGAAUUCAUGAAUUCAGGCAGUUAGAAAGCACUUACUACUCAUUAAUUAAGUAUUUUGUGUAAGCUCAUCUAAAAUGGGCACUAUCUAUGCCUUAUAAAGCAUUUACAAAUGAGACUUAAAGGCUGACAAUGCCUCAAGAGUAACAAAAGUUUCAGUUAUCUUAACAGACCAAGUAGAGACACACAUAAAGGGAUAUAAAACAUAUUGCAUUGAUAUUUAUUGCAACUUCUCAACAUAUUGUAACGUACAACUGUUCUGUUGAUGUAAAAAGACAAACAAGGGUAAACAAAGCUGA